AUGGUGGAGAAGAUCCUCGAGCUUUUUCCGGUGGCCAUCCGUGACAUCAACGCAGAGAGAAAGAAUGUAGUGCUGGUGGCUGUGGAGAAUAGGCAGCUCCAUGUGUACCGGCUCUUGCUAAGUAAGAAUAUCCCCAACAAAGACCACAUGUUCAGCAAAGUGGAUAAUAAAGGGAAUAGUGUGUUACAUCUAGCAGCAAGGUUGGGAGACCAUCAGCCUUGGCUAAUUUAUGGGCCUGCCUUCCAAAUGCAAUGGGAAAUCAAAUGGUAUCGGAUUGUAAAAACCUCCAUGCCACCACGCUUCUUUCCCCGCUUCAAUAAGAAAAACAAGACUGCAAAGGACAUCUUCAAAGAAACCCACAAAGAGCUCGUGAAAGCCGGAGCGGCAUGGCUUACCAAGGCCUCCGAGUCCUGCACCGUCAUGGGCGCGCUUAUUGCCACGGUCGCCUUUGCAACUGCUACCACCGUUCCCGGUGGCAUCAAAGAGAUCACUGGCAGACCAACCCUCGAAAACUUGCCAGCUUUCGACAUCUUCGCCAUUGCUUCGCUCAUUGCACUAUGCUCCUCGGUCACAUCCAUGGUCAUUUUCCUCUCCAUCCUUAUGUCCCGGUACAAGGAAAAGGAGUUUGGAAAAGUGCUGCCGAGCAAGCUCUUGCUGGGAUUGACAUUGCUCUGCGUGUCCAUGGUUUCCAUGUUGAUUUCAUUUUGUGCAGGACAUUUCUUCAUGCUUAAAGAUAAGCUCAAACAUGCUGCGUUUCCGGUUUAUGCAAUAACGUGCAUGCCUCUGGCUAUUUUUGCUGUAGGCCACUUUCCUCUGUAUUUUAAUAUGAUAUGUGCCAACUUCAACAAGGUUCCAUUCGAGAGCGGAGUCACAAGGGUAGCUCCUCUUUGA